UCUAUUUUUAUCUAUUUUUGUGUUAUAUACAAUAUGUAUGUAUGAUUUCCAAUCAAUCCUAGGUAGGCUUGGACCUACACACUUUUCUCCAGGUCUUAAACACAGAUAGGUAUAUGUCAGUUUUCUGCACGAUAAUUUUGUUACUUGUGGUGACACAGAGCUGACCUUGAUGUCUGUGGCUUUCCCCACAUCGUGAGAGAGUGCAGCUAGGAGGGUAGGUUGACAGGCCAUGACAAAUAACCAGAGGCCACAGUGCUGGGACAGGAGCACUUUGGGCCCAGCCUGGAGACACUUAGAAAGGUCAGCUCCAAUUGCUCUUUUGGCAAAGGUAGAGUCACUUAAUGCUCAAAGAACCAGGGUAAACAUCUCUAAGACGUUUGCUCCCUGGAGCAGGAGGUGCUCCAGGUGCUUCCUACCCCUCAGGCUGGAGUAACCGCGUGUCCUCAUCCAUGAGCAUUUGGAGCUCAUGGGAUGGACCAGGGCUGGGCUCCAAGAGCCAGUGGAUUAUAAAGCAGCAGAAACCUCACUUGAGCAGAGCGUUUCAGGAAUCUACACCAUGAAGGGGGCAGUACUUGUGCUGGCCUUGCUAGUGACCGUGGAGCUGCACGUCCAGCCAGCGGAAGCUUGUGUCAUAUUUUAUGAAAUCUUCAGUAAACUGGCCCUUGGAUUUGAGAAACCAUUGUAUUACGCCCUUGACAAGGUAGACGCUACUGAACCAGAAAAGGCAGCCUUUGAAAAAAUCCAGGAUUGCUACAGUGAAGGAGGAAUCAAAGCCAAGACAUUGGAUUUAUGGCCUUGCUCUCAAUCACCUUCAGCAAAGAAUGCUUAUCACAGAACCUGA